UAUCUAAUACAGACUGGGUCACUGCAGAACUUGAAGCGUAUCAUCUCCCAACAAUGUCGCGCCAAGGUGGAAAAAUGAAGCCUCUAAAGCAACCCAAGAAGGACAGGAAGGAGGAGGACGAAGACGAUAAGGCUUUGAAAGAAAGGAAGAAGGCAGAAGAGGCUGCGUUGAAGGCUGCACGAGAAAAAGCUGUCAAAGGUGGUCCGCCCCCAUCAGGUGGAAUCAAGAAAUCAGGGAAGAAGUGAUCAGAGGCAUGCGUGUAUGUCAUCGCAUUAUACCCUGCCGCGAGGUGGACUGGCAUGGGUACGGGUUUGCGAUCGUUGCAUGUAUCUUCCGUUGCUGUACGAUGUGUGUUAUACAUUGGGUUGUCGUUCCGUCAUGGUUGUGAGACGGCCGAUAGUAGUUUGUUUGAUAUGGUGAAGUCGCCCACCAUCUUCACACCCAACGACGAUGAG